AUGUUGUUCCACGCGGCGGGCGCGGAGGGCAGUCGGCCGACGUUCUUCGAGAUGGCGGCGGCGGACUUCCUCCCCGCCUCGCUAAAAGCCGCCGCGCUAUACGCCCUCGGGGUGUUGGCACAGCACCGUCCCUCGCUGCACCGCCUGCUGGACCACAGCGACGAGCUCUCUGCUGCUGCGCUGCUGCUGCUGGAGUGGCACUCGCUCAAAACACAUGGCGCCUCCUUUGGUGAGUCCAUGUACGGCCUUCGCCGCAUCUCCACCGUUCCCCACCGCCCUUCACCCAGCCAAGCAGCACUACGAACAGGGGCCACAGCAGGGGGAGCAGCAGGAGGGGCGGAGGGGGCAGGCAGAGGAGAGAGGGCGGCAGGGGGACAGGAGGGCGGGUCAGCAUCAUACGGCAUGUCUCGCAAGCAGCGGGCGCUGUCUCUUCUCUUUCUGCACGCCUGUGCCCCCACCGCUUUUGCUACUGCUGAUGAGCACGCCUGUGCCCCCACCGCUUUUGCUACUGCUGAUGAGCACGCCUGUGCCCCCACCGCUUUUGCUACUGCUGAUGAGCACGCCUGUGCCCCCACCGCUUUUGCUACUGCUGAUGUGCACGCCUGUGCCCCCACCGCUUUUGCUACUGCUGAUGUGCACGCCUGUGCCCCCACCGCUUUUGCUACUGCUGAUGUGCACGCCUGUGCCCCCACCGCUUUUGCUACUGCUGAUGUGCACGCCUGUGCCCCCACCGCUUUUGCUACUGCUGAUGUGCACGCCUGUGCCCCCACCGCUUUUGCUACUGCUGAUGUGCACGCCUGUGCCCCCACCGCUUUUGCUACUGCUGAUGUGCACGCCUGUGCCCCCACCGCUUUUGCUACUGCUGAUGUGCACGCCUGUGCCCCCACCGCUUUUGCUACUGCUGAUGUGCACGCCUGUGCCCCCACCGCUUUUGCUACUGCUGAUGUGCACGCCUGUGCCCCCACCGCUUUUGCUACUGCUGAUGUGCACGCCUGUGCCCCCACCGCUUUUGCUACUGCUGAUGUGCACGCCUGUGCCCCCACCGCUUUUGCUACUGCUGAUGUGCACGCCUGUGCCCCCACCGCUUUUGCUACUGCUGAUGUGCACGCCUGUGCCCCCACCGCUUUUGCUACUGCUGAUGUGCACGCCUGUGCCCCCACCGCUUUUGCUACUGCUGAUGUGCACGCCUGUGCCCCCACCGCUUUUGCUACUGCUGAUGUGCACGCCUGUGCCCCCACCGCUUUUGCUACUGCUGAUGUGCACGCCUGUGCCCCCACCGCUUUUGCUACUGCUGAUGAGCACGCCUGUGCCCCCACCGCUUUUGCUACUGCUGAUGAGCACGCCUGUGCCCCCACCGCUUUUGCUACUGCUGAUGUGCACGCCUGUGCCCCCACCGCUUUUGCUACUGCUGAUGUGCACGCCUGUGCCCCCACCGCUUUUGCUACUGCUGAUGUGCACGCCUGUGCCCCCACCGCUUUUGCUACUGCUGAUGUGCACGCCUGUGCCCCCACCGCUUUUGCUACUGCUGAUGUGCACGCCUGUGCCCCCACCGCUUUUGCUACUGCUGAUGUGCACGCCUGUGCCCCCACCGCUUUUGCUACUGCUGAUGUGCACGCCUGUGCCCCCACCGCUUUUGCUACUGCUGAUGUGCACGCCUGUGCCCCCACCGCUUUUGCUACUGCUGAUGUGCACGCCUGUGCCCCCACCGCUUUUGCUACUGCUGAUGUGCACGCCUGUGCCCCCACCGCUUUUGCUACUGCUGAUGUGCACGCCUGUGCCCCCACCGCUUUUGCUACUGCUGAUGUGCACGCCUGUGCCCCCACCGCUUUUGCUACUGCUGAUGUGCACGCCUGUGCCCCCACCGCUUUUGCUACUGCUGAUGUGCACGCCUGUGCCCCCACCGCUUUUGCUACUGCUGAUGUGCACGCCUGUGCCCCCACCGCUUUUGCUACUGCUGAUGUGCACGCCUGUGCCCCCACCGCUUUUGCUACUGCUGAUGUGCACGCCUGUGCCCCCACCGCUUUUGCUACUGCUGAUGUGCACGCCUGUGCCCCCACCGCUUUUGCUACUGCUGAUGUGCACGCCUGUGCCCCCACCGCUUUUGCUACUGCUGAUGUGCACGCCUGUGCCCCCACCGCUUUUGCUACUGCUGAUAGUUAG